UCCGCGAAUCAGUUGUUCCUCGCACCCCAUUAAACGUCCACGCUUGUCGCAUCCGGGAGAUAUUCCCCUAUUUUGGUGGCUUUAAUUGGCUCAGUGAGGGGUUGUCGUCGUCUUUUACCCCGAAGGCUAAGCCUAACAGGCUCAGAAACUUGCAGUAAGCGCUUUAAAAAUUGGGAAGAUCACGGGAAAAUCUGAAAAAUAUAUAGAAAACGGUUGAGCAGUAGUACAGCCUAGAGACGGCGGCAGUAUGGCGGCGCAGCCGUCAGUUGCCAUGUUCUAUGUUCCUAACACAAAAUCCCCAAGAAUUUUUAAAUAUAUCUCUUAGAUUCCUACAAUUUCAUCUAGGAUGCAGUGUUUCAUACACAGAUUCAUAUGAGAUAUUUUCAAUUACUCUAGAAAACGCGUGUGAUUGAUAAUUUUCAUCUUAACAUUAUUUGCUCCAGUCACUUGACAUUUGGAGCAUCCACUCCGCUGUUAAUAUCUUGCAAAUUACAAUUAAUAAGGAUCCGCUUGUGUGAAAGCAGCGUGCUGAGGAGUCUGUCGUUCCAUGGAGGAGAGUGAGAACCAUGGCCAACACUGAAGUUUCUCUCACUCGCUAGCAACAUGCAAAAGCAAGAGCAGCUGCAGCUGCAACUCAAGGAGCAAGAACUCCAGCAGCAGCAGCAGCAGCAGGAAACCAAACAGGAGCUGCAGCAGCAACUUGAGCAGCAGCAGCAUCACAAAAUGACACAGCAGCUGCAGAAGCACCAGCAUCAACUCGAGCAGUAUCACCAACAGCAGCAGCAGCUUGAGCAGCAGCUGCAUCAACAGCACCCACAAGUAAUUGCUGUUCAGCAGUCUCAUGCUGGUCAGCAGACCAGCGCUGCGAAGGAGGGAGGCAUCAUACAGAGAUUAUUUAAGGUAAAUUAUUUAUCCUCUUGGGCCCCUCAAGGAAGGUUCCUUGAUGUUGGUGAGGGGCUCUUGAUUUAGGGAAUUGGAUCUGUGCUCCAGUUCCCCGAAUUAAGCCUGAAUGCCUUCCACAUAUCCCCCCCCCAGGCGCUGUAUAAUCCUCCGGGUUUAGCGCUUCCCCCUUGAUUAUAAUAAUAAUAAUAAUAAUUAUC